CUGCCAAGCAACGGAGUAAUCCACUCUUAAAAAAGCAAAAGAAAGCAUUUGGGUCAUUGAAUCCAAUAUUUAGUAGUCGAGACAGUUUUUAACCAUGGGAAUCAUAAACUUUAGGAUUGUUUUUGAUAAACCCGUGUACAUGGGAGGUGAUGAUGUCACAGGAAAGGUCCUACUCAGCAUUACCGGAGGGGAAACAAAGAUUCGAGGCCUCAAAUUACAAAUUACUGGAAUCAUUACCGUCUCUUGGUGGGAGGAAAUGGAAGAGAAAAGCAACGAAGGAUCUUAUGAUUACGAAGAAGAAACUCAUAUCGUGAAAGCGAAGAAGGUUCAAAAAGAAGUGUUUUAUAGGCAGCAGGGCGUUGUCUUGGAGAAGGGGAACCAUCAAUUAACAAUUGGAGACCACGAGUUUGCCUUCCGAGUCCCUUUACCAGAUACGGGCAUUUACGGAACCUUCAGGUCCAAAGAAAAGGGUGCUGUUGAUUGGGAGGCAAAAUGUGAAAUUGAUAUCCCCUGGGGAUUUAAUAAGAACGUAGUGGAAACCAUCUUUGUGAAUAACCUUAUCGACCUCAAUAAGCACCCACAAUCAAUUCAGCCAUUUAAAGAUUCAAAGCAAAAGACAUUUGGAUUUUUAUGUUGUAAAAGUGGACCGUUGGACUUAGACGUCAACAUCAUGAAAACGGGAUUUGUGUGUGGCGAGGAAGUCACACUCAACAUUCAGGUGAACAAUAAAACCAACAAGGUCUUAUCGAUUAUUGUCUCUGUGUUCCAAAACACAACUUUCAAGCGCCUACGUAAAAGUGCUGAACUGGACGUAAUCCAGAAGCAAGUGGUUCAACAAUGUCCUCCGGAGACCAACGAGACCCUUUGUCAUAAGUUGAAGAUCCCACUCUGUGCUCCUUCAACCCAAAACUUAUAUGGUGCUAUGGACAUCGAAUAUUUUCUUCAAGUUGAUGGUUCUCCUGAUGGAAUUGGGUUCAACGUCACUCUCAAAGUCCCAAUAAUGAUUGGC